AUGAAGGCGACAAGUCGUGCGCCUGGAGCGGCCAAGGUGCUCUCUGAUCGAAGCCUUCAUCCAUCGAGCUGGUUGCUGUGCCUGGCAUUGAUAGGCGCAGCUUUGCUUCGCAUCGGCAUUUCUCUAUACACAGAUACAUUCGAGCUGCUACAAGACCGUCCCGAACUAAGCACGCCCCUGAGUAGCUUCAAGGCGCUCAUGGAGACGCACCAUCUCUUCCGACACCCGCCAAUACCUGUUGCGUCCUCACGGUCUCUUUUGCCCUCGGAUCCGUAUUCGGCUGGCACCGUCCACCACACCCCGCUACUUCUUCCUGUCCUCAACUACGCACUCAAGCGCUUACACUCACAAGGCGAUCAGCUACCCAUCAUCAUCAUUUGGACAGCGGCUGAUGUGAUCGCAGGCUGGCUCCUCUUCCGCAUAUGUCACGCUCGAGAAAAGGCCAAGUGGUCGCGACAGACCUAUCUGUACGCUUGGGAUCAGAGCAGAGCGUUGAAGGUAACCGUCAUGUUCCUAUUCAACCCUUACACCGUUGCCACUUGCAUCUCGAGAAGCUCCGUAUCGCUUGAGGUGGUUGCUCUCCUUGCUGCAACUCAUUCCGCCAUGUCCGGCUCGGCCGUCUUGCUUGCUGUCUGUUGGACAGUCUCCUCGUUACUUUCGCUCUAUCCGAUCCUGUUGCUACCCAUGCUCAUUCAAUUAUGCCGACAGAGAGCAGGCGAACUCGUCUACGAAAGCGAAAUUGUCCGUAUUGGUCAGAAUGCUUCCUCAACCGAUGUCAAAGCUGCACGCCAGUUGGGCUUCCUUGCGGAUCGUGUUCGGUCCGCAAAGCGCUUGGCAGGAUUCAAGUGCGUUCUCUUCAUGCCAACCGUGCUUGCUGGCGGGCUAUGGGUCUCACGAGCCAUUGUUCUAAGCCCAGGCAAGGCUUCAGCAAGUACCAUUCUCGUCAAUUUACCCGACAUUCUUCAAGUGCCCAUUGACGAAGGCUGGACAUGGAUCGAACAAGUCUACGGCUCGGUCGUCUUGUGCACAGAUCUUACACCGAAUCUGGGUCUAUGGUGGUAUUUCUUCAUGGAAAUCUUUGAUCAUUUCCGUGACUUUUUCUUGCUCACCUUCAACGUGCAUCUCGCCUGCUAUGCUCUGCCCUUCGCCAUCAAGUACAGACAGGAUCCGCUCUUCGGCGUUACUCUCAUGACCGGUGUCAUUGCCGUGUUCAAGAGCUAUCCGACGAUAGGCGACCAUGCGCUAUUUUUGGGCCUGCUGAGCUUGCACGACCAGAUCUUCGAGUAUAUGCGCUAUCCUUUGGUAACGGCGCUGACGUAUGCAUAUUGCACGUGCCUAUCGCCUGCCUUCCACCACCUGUGGCUGAAUGCAGGUUCGGCCAAUGCCAACUUCUUCUUCGCCAUCACCUUGGUAUGGGCAUUGGGCGGGGGGAUGCUGGUACUCGAUGCUAUGUGGGCAUGGGGUCGGGAGCGCUGGGAAAGUGAGAGGUCGCCAAUCCGCUCGCGUAUCCGACGAAAAAGUGAACAGCACAUUGAUACUGAUGCAUCAAUCGACACUGUUGCAUCUGACGCUCCAUCAGUUACGGCGGAUGCGGCGAUGGAAGAGGUCGACAAGCCAAGACGACGAAUUGUUGUACAAGUAUAG